AUGGAUCCCGAGUUAAGGUCACAAAUAAAUGCAGUGUUACUGCGGGACGGCCAUGUAUUGAAAAUUCAAGAACACCUCCUACACUCCCUCCACGCCCACCCCAACAACUGGCCGACGAUGGUCCAAAACCACGCUCUCAACCUCCUCCGCUCCGGCGAAGUCACCACCUUCCCCGCGCUCCUACGACGAGUCAUGGACGACGUCCGCCAAGAGACAUCCGCAUCCUCUUCCUCCUCUUCGUCAGCCACAAACUCCACAUCCACACCAACAAAGAACGGCGCAGAGGUAAACGGCAAGAAGGUCAACGGCGCCUCCUCCGGGCCGGGCCCCGGCGAGGCACAGAACCUCAACAAGGACACGACGUCCACCCUGGCGGUGCCGGCGGCAGUGAUUGAGGAGGCGCUCAAAGUGACGCGGGACGCGCUGGAGAUGGAGGAGGACGAUCCGGGGGGGUAUGAUCUGAUGGACAUUGAUACCGAGGAAGAAUGA